GCUGAAAUAUGACGUUUCUAUUUAAUCAUGGUAUCACUAGGGAGGGGAUGGGAAGAAAGUGCUAAGCUACCCGAAACAUAAACCAAGUCGGCAUUUGCGCUGCACGGGAACAAGUGAGCACGCCGUCCUCUGCGCACACUCACCCACCAGAGGCGGCCAGCCCAGCCGGGACCAUGAGUGAGCGUGGCCCUCGCACGGAGGCCUCCAUGUUUUUGGAGGUGGACCGCCUCGAGCGCGAUAACAACGAUGAAGACAAGAUGGCGCACUACGACGACGACAAAGACGACGACGACCUGAUGUCGGCACCCUCGGGCUCACGCGUCUACGACCGCACUACGGUGCUCAUCGAGCAGGACCCCAUCCGGCUGGACGAGGAGGGAGAGGAGGACCAUGGACACUGCGUGGGGGAUGACGACGGGGGCACUUUCCUAGUCGACGGGGACCUGGACGAGGAGGAGGAGGAGGAGGAGGGCUCUAUGACCUUCAUGGGCGACCAGGAUGGUAUGUCGCAGGGAUACGUGCAUCACACCAUCUCGCCCGACCAGAUCCAGUUCAUCAUCAACCCGGGGUCCAUGGCAAUGCCUCGCAACAUCGAGGGGGCCACCCUCACUCUGCACUCCGAGUGUCCAGAAACCAAGCAACGGGAGGUGAAGAGGUACCAGUGCAUGUUUGAGGGAUGCACACGGACCUACAGCACGGCAGGCAACCUGCGCACGCACCAGAAGACCCACCGGGGCGAGUACACAUUUGUGUGCAACCAGUUGGGCUGCGGCAAGGCCUUCCUCACUUCCUACAGCCUGAAGAUCCACGUGCGCGUUCACACCAAGGAGAAGCCCUUUGAGUGCGACGUGCAGGGCUGCGAGAAGGCCUUCAACACCCUGUACAGACUGAAAGCACACCAGAGACUGCACACGGGGAAGACGUUCAACUGUGAAUCGGAGGGAUGCACAAAAUACUUUACCACACUCAGUGACCUGAGGAAGCACAUUCGCACUCAUACUGGGGAGAAACCAUUCCGGUGUGACCAUGAUGGUUGUGGCAAGGCAUUUGCUGCCAGCCAUCACCUAAAGACGCAUGUACGGACACACACAGGGGAGAAGCCUUUCAACUGUCCCAGCGACGGCUGUGAGAAAGCAUUCAGCAGCCAGUACAGUUUGAAGAGUCACGUCAGGGGCCAUGGGGCUAAGGGCCAGCCCUUCAGUGUCACCCUCACCCACCCCUUGUCCGAGGAUGCAAAUCAUUCACUGUGCCUCAGUGACUUGAGCCUCAUCUCGACUGACUCGGAGCUCAGAGAAAACAUCCACAAUUCUCAGAACUUGGACUUGAGCAGUGUUACCCCCGUGAGGAUCUUCGAGCUCAUGUUCCAGAGUCCGGAGAACAGUGUUAGUCAAGAUGAUGCACAUCCUCACGAGAGCCUUGUUGAAGCCUUUGGCCAGGAGACUGGCCAGUCCACCAUGGGCGAUGACUCCACCCCCAUCUCCUUCUCGUUCUCCCUCGUCCCUUCCUCCUGUUCCCACUCCCACUCUCACACUCACUCCCACACCACCACCACCACUGUCCUGGAGGCUUCUUCCCAGCUUCCUCUAAGCCAAACCCCCUCUUCCCAGGUUCCAGCACCUCCUGCCCCCAUUAGUAAUAUUACCGCAGUCAGCUCCACCCAGCCCCACUCCACCUUCGUACCCUUACCCACUGCCCUGCAGACGCCAGAUGUGCCUGCCCCCUAUGUGGCACUGCCCGCCCAGACUGUUCCAAUAGUGCCCUCUACUGCGCCAGUAGUGGUGCCAGGCCCAGCCCUCGCGGCUCUGGGCGCUGUAGUCGCCACCACAGAGACUGUGCCGCUGCCGGCCGUGGCUCACACUCACACUGUGCCUUUGGCCAGCAACACCAACCCUGUCCUGGUGCCCCCAGCCUCUGCCCCCACUUUCACCCCAAGCCACAGCCACACCCAGAGCCUGUUGCAGCCCAGCAUUGUUAUGUCCGACCAGAACCUGCAGUGGAUCCUUAACACCGCAGCCAACAACCAGCAGAACCCAGAGCAAGCUCCACACGGAGGUCCAAAAGUAGAGAAGGUCUUCUUUACCACAGCCAUACCAGUGGGAGGAAAUUCAGGCAACUCUGUCCAGCAGAUCGGCCUCAGCCUUCCCGUCAUCAUCAUCAAACAGGAGGAGUCCUGCCAGUGCCAGUGUGCCUGCAGGGACUCUUCUAAAGACAAGAGCUCCAACGCCUCGGCAGCACCACAACAACAGCCCGCAGUGCCCUCCACUCCUCCACCUCCCCCCACUCCCGUGGCACUGCCCUUUCCCACCGUACUCCCCCCAGCACCCUCUUUCCCCUUGUGCUGCCUCCCACCGCUCACCUCGGAAGUGAACGAGUCCCCGCCUCUUCCCCAAACAGGUGCAGUUCUAGGACCGGGUAGCCCCUCGACCUCUGUUCAGACGUUCUCCACAGGGGUGGCCACGGUGACCACCAACCCCCCUCCUAUCACGGAUGGUUUGGCCACCAUGGACGUGUCGGACUUCCUGUCCCUGCAGAGCCCCGAGAGCACGACCAACAUUGAGGCUCUGCUACUGGUGACCAGCAGUGACGACUUCACUAUGGCUGGCGCUAGCACCACCAUCAACCCCUAGUGGACACUCAGGCUUUGUCCCUAUUCUCCACCCUUCUCUUGCAUACUCCCAGUCAUGGAUUUAAAAGCAUUGAGUUGGUGUAAGUCAUUGAGUUGGUGUAAGUGUUGGGCAGAGGGAGUUUCUACCAUUGUUGAAUUAAAGGGAGUGUGCAAAUGCACACUUUUGGAGAAGGAUGUAGAAUCAGGACGCAGCCGCACUUUCUGAUUUACCCACUACACGUCCGCUUUUCAAGUAUUGUAAGUGAAACUUAAUGAGGGGGCUUGUUUUGGAAAAGCUGCAAAAUGCAUGCCAGUCAAGAAAAGUGUUCUUAAUUGGCUGGCUCUCCAUCAAACAAGACACGGUCUUGAAAGGCCCUAAGAACUAUUGUCUGCUUCUAAUAUGGCGUGAAGCUGAUUCCUGAGAGAAGCAAAACAAAACAUUGUCUAUAUCCAUGUACUGUACAUUAGUUCCUAACUGUAACUAAUAUGAUUAGUUGGUAAGUGAUUGACCAGAAUGCACUGCAUGUGAAGUGAAUUGGAAUUUCAUCAACUAUAUUUCCUACAAGGAAUUUGUGGCAGUUUUGCCAUUCCCUUAAAAGCAAUGUAUUGCUAAUGCCAUAAUGUGAAGAGUAAUUUCCAGUGUUUUACAUAAAUUAGCUAGUGUAGUCCAGAUUUUUGUUUUGUCUUUCGUCUCGCUUUGUUUGUUAGUUUUUGUCUUUCUUUACAGGUAUAUUUACCAAUUGAAAAAUAAAUUGGCUGUGACACAAUUUGCUUGACUUUUAAAUAUAAUUUAGAAGUCAAUACAUUAGUGAUAAGCCAAACUUAAUAUUAAUAUUUUGUAAAAAAAAAAAUAUAUAAUAAUUAUUGGAAGAAAAAAAAUCAAUUUCUGACCUUAGACUGUCAUCAAGUCUCAGCUUAUUGAUCAUCAUUGUUAAUUUAUUCCACUUUUCGCCUAAGUGUUUUUUUUGUCCCCCUUCUGUUGUUACUGAGUUUUGUUUUAUGGAGCCCCCCUCAAUCUUAAGUUUCCAGAAAGCCGUUUCAACACUGCACCUUAUUGCAAUUAAUUGUACAUCGAGGUUGUCAAAAAAAAGGUCCUCAAUGGUAUUUUUGGUCUGUAAAACCUCUUCACAAUGAAAUCAUGAAUCAAGGAUGAAAAAAAUUGCUCACAACUGUGUUUCUCAAUUACAACCCACUCAGGGAUGCAUCGUGGCAUAUCUAAUUUAUACAAUUUGAGAUUUUCCUUUAUUUAAUAAGAGAUUGUCCAUUUUAGCAGUCAACUGCCCUGUUGCCCAUCGAUUGUAGUAGCCCCCUUUUUCGGCUGCACUCUCCCCUCUUUGUGCACUGUCUAAUAUGACCAGUUAUCUGAGUUAUUACUAUGACACUAUUUGAAUACCACUGCGGUCAGAAGUGGUUUGUUUCUGAAGGGUGUUGAUGAUGGUGUAAAUACGGUACAUUUAAAUGUGAACACUUAUUCCUUCAGAUUGUUUUAGAAUGUAUUUGUUUUGUAUAUGUAGACUUGAACCUUGGAGACCCCCUGCGCUGCCCUUUGUCUUUGCAUUCUGCGCCCAUGCAGAUGCUCACACAUCUUAUGCAGAAGAGUCUAAAAUGAAGCCUUAUAAUGGUUAGUUUUAGGGCCAUUGGCUUCUGUGCAGUCAACAUAGUAUUUAUUUUCAAAUGCAAGCAUAAGUAACUUUCUUGGAGUAUAUGACGAUAUUAUUUCACAUGGGACAUAAUGCAAUGAUUACAAAAUUGUAGAGAAGGCAUUAUGCCCUAAUAUCAUGUGUAGAGCAACCUAGCCUUACUACAGGAUCUCACUUGCUGUGGCUUACUGAGCUGGCUCCUUGCCUUGUCAGUCUUUUCCUAUGGCUUGAUUUGGACACGCUGCCUGACUACUUCCUCCUGUUAAUCUAGUCUUGUUCAAUGCCUUUUUAACAGCUGCCUACAAGUGGACAAAAGUACAUUAAAAAGAAAUACAUCACUUUUUGUUUGAAGAUUUAACAGAUAUUGUGCCAACAAAUCAAAUGUUCCCCCAAUUAUUAUUUUUAUUGUAAUUUUUUUUGUGAAGAUGUUACUGCAGAGAUAUACUGUAGAUGGAAAUUGUUUCUCUAGAUUUAUGUUUGUUGUAGUACUGUAUUGUAGACAAAUAAUACUUCAUUUUACAGAUCACUACAUCAAUGUUGUAGUCGGAAAUUGUAAUUACAUCAACAUUUUGAAUUGGUACUUCACAGGCAUUGAUUGACAGCAGCUAUCAUGUUAUAUUAUUUAGCAUGGAAAGAGGGACUGAGAUCCAAUCUAGGUGUCAUCAUGUAUCAUAGGAUAACAGAGUAUGCAGGAAAUCUUUGUCUGGCAGACCUGAAUAGGGGAAAUGUUUAAACUAACAUGGGCUUUUCCCUUUUCUGUUUUGAGAUUUAACCAAUACCAAAACUUGAUAACCUGCAAUAUUAAUUAGUGUAGUUGGCACUUAAAUUUGAAUAUAAAAUGUGAAUUAUCAAAUGUGAAUUUUUCUUGUGACAAUUUGAAAAUUUUUACUGAGUUACAGUUAAGAAAAUUUAAAUCAAUUCAUUAGGCCCUAAUCUAUGGAUUUCACAUGACUGGGCAGGGGCACAGCCAUGAGUGUGCCUGGGAGAGUGUAGGCCCACCCACUGGGGAGUCAGGCAAUCAGAAUGAGUUUUUCCCCAACAAAAGGGCUUUAUUACAGAAAUAAUCAUCAGUUUCAUCAGCUGUCUGGGUGGCUGGUCUCUGACAAUCCCGCAUGUGGAGGUCCUGGGCUGGCGUAACACGUGGUUUGGACGUAUUGCCAAAUUCUCUAAAACGACAUUGAUGUCCGACAUUUCUGCAGUCAGCAUGCCAAUGGCACGCUCCCUCAACUUGACAUCUGUGGCACCUGUGUAAUGAUCAUGCUGUUUAAUCAGCUUUUUGAUUUGCCACACCUGUCCGGUGUAUGGAUUAUAUUGGCAAAGGAGAAAUGCUCACUAACAAGGGUGUUAACAAUUUUGUGCACUAAAAUUUGAGAAGCAUUUUGUACGUAUGGAACAUUUCUAGGAUCUUUUUAUUUUCAUGAAACACCACUUUGUUGCGUUUAUAUUUUUUGUUCAGUAUAGGUAUUCCCCCUCACAAUGCUGGUCAAUAACUUGAUGUAUUACAAUUAUGAACCCUGACUGCUCUCAACAUGUUCACCUCCAAUUUGAUGCAUACUUAAGAAAAUAUCUAUGCAAUGAUUUGACUGCAGUAUUCCUUAAAGUACAAAAUGCAACAAAAUUAAAUCAUGACCAACCUUUUACAUCUGUCUCGGUCCAAGUUAUAUCAAUAUUCAGGUUUGCUAAUGUCAACUUUGGAGGCUCAACUUACUCAUUUGCGAAACUCCAUAUACGUAAACAUUUUUGCUCAAAUCUUUCCGUAUUCAACUUAGUGGCAUGACCAAUUUGACAUCCUAUUUUGUUUACCAUAAUCAUCCAUUUUAUGUGAAGGUCCAAGUUAUUACGUGUGAUGUAUCAUGUUUGAGGUGGGGCUGUGAGCCUGGGCAUUGAAAUGUUUAGUCUUUUUUUCCAUUGCUUUCCAGUGAAUAUUGAAUGAGUUUUGUUUUUUUACAUUUACCUGUUUAAACACUAACUGGAUUUGCUUGGGGGGGAAAAUUACAAUAUGAUUCUGUUGUAAGAAUUAUUUGGGUCAAAUGUUGUACGCUGCAUCUUAAGUUUUGGGUGAACAAUCAUCUUCGUGUUCUCAUACUGUAUGUGCUAUUUUUACUCAAGUCCUCUCAGUUAACUUUGUUAAUCUGUAAGGGUGAUACAAAUUUGGACCCGAUUUGUUAACCCAAUUUAACAGUUUAGACCAAUUGUUAGAAUUGAAAGUGCUGGUUCUAACUUUGCUAGAAGAUACUGACCCUACUGUUACGCUUGUUUACACUGAGCUUAAAACGCAAUCAUGGUAACAUUAAGACACUAGAGCCGACGCGAUAUGGGUGGGAAAAGUUACCUCAAUGCAGGGACGGGAUUUGCCACUGUACUCCAAAAACUGCCCUUUUUGUCCUCAUGUUAGCUAGCAGUAGCCACAGCAGCCAUUAUGGAAUGGCACAGAUAUCCACUAGUUACCACCUAUAUUGUAAAACGUCAUGAAACAGGCUCUCUUUAUUUGAAGGGUUAGGCAUAAGAUUAGCAGUGCAGUUAAGGUUAGGUUUAAAAUCACAUUUGGAGAGGAAGAAAUAGGCAGGGUUUAUGACAAUUCAUGAAAACAAAAUAGCUUUUCUAAAUUUAAGGUAGGCAGUGUGAUUAGGUUAACAAUCACAUUUUGAACAAAGAAGCUGAUUGGCUGACACUGCCAUUCCAAAAUGGCUGCGGUGAAUACUGUUAGCUAGCAGGAGUACAAAAAUUAGUUUUCAGGGAUGGAUCUGUGUUAAGGUACAAUUGAGUACAGUAGAAUAUCCCAGAGGUACAUUUUCUGACCCAUAUCUCACGCUGGCGCCACAGUGUCCAGGGCAGCAGGUAGCCUAGCAGUUAAGGGUGUUGGGCCAGUAACCGAAAGGUCGCUGAAUCGAAUCACCAAGCCUGCCAGGUGAAAAAUUUGUCUGUGCCCUUGAGCAAGGCAUAAUUGCUAUUGUAAGUCACUCUGGAUAUAUGUGCGUCUGCCAAAUUACUAAAAUGUAACCAUGGUUCUGAUCCCAGUAGAUCUGUGUAAACAAGGGUUGAGUCUUCUGGCAUGUUCAGCCUUAUAUACACUUACCUUUAGGUUAAAUUGUCAGGCGAAUAACGGCUCAAAUGGGGAUUUUGGUCCUUUUCUAGCCAAUGGUCAGAUGCUUGGAAUGGUGAGUUCAUAGGUGCAGAACACUGGCAGUUUGGAGGUUUUGAUAAAGUGCCACUUUGAAGAAAGCACAGUUUGUAUUUUGGAAUUCUGUUCAUUUGAACACUCAAUGGGUAAAACGAGGGGGAAACGUAAUGCUUCCAAAGGAAUGUCUUCAACACCCAAAGAAUGAAGUUGUAAAGGAUUUCUAUUUUUAAAAGAAUGUAUCAUGUGAAAUUGGUUUGCUUAUGCUUGUUUUGUAUAAAGUAGUAUUGUAUAAUAAAGUAAUUACUUUUUGAAUUGAGAGCAAUAUAAUGAAAUUUU